AUGCCUAAUCCAUCACCGGCCGAUAAGGCCAAGGCCAAACCAAUGGACCUCAUCAACCGGGGUUCCAAGAAGCCAUCCCCUUUCGGCACAGCAACCUUCAUCGGCCUGCGCGCCCUCGACAUCCCAUGGCAAUACCACCUCCUACACAACGGCGCCGCUGAGCGCGGACUGUCAGUUGUCGGGCUACCAGCCCUCAAUUACGGCGCCGCAGCAACCACCGGCGUCGCGCUCCUCGACAAGCUCGAAUUGUCUCUACCCCGGCUACUGCUACUGGCUAUGGCCACGGGAUCAACGCUGAAGCAGAUCCUCUGGCUGACGGUCCUAAGCCAGGAAGAGUUCCCUUUUAGCGCUGCUGUCGUGGUCGGUGGGUUUAAUACCGUCUUCAAUACGGUCAACACGCUACUCUUCACGUGUGCGUACACGUCGUCGAGCUUCUCCGGCCCCAAGGUAUCGCUCUUUGGCACUACAUUGCCGCCGCCGGUGGUCCUUGGCACACUGGCGUAUGCAACCGGGUUGACUAUCGAGACGCUGUCGGAGUACCAGCGCAUGAAGUUCAAGCAGGAUCCCAAGAACCAGGGCAAAGUCUGCAAAACGGGACUAUGGAGUUGGGCGAGGCAUAUCAACUAUUUUGGGUACGCUCUCUGGCGUGGAGGAUACUGUAUGACGGGCGGAGGGUACACGAUCGGUUUGCUGACCGGAUUGUGGCAAGGGUGGGAAUUGAGCUCUCGCGCUGUUGUGGUACUCGACGAGUACUGCGGGAAUAAGUAUGGCGAGCAGUGGGUACAGUUCAAGAAGGAUGUGCCAUACCGCAUCAUACCAGGGAUGUACUGA